CAAUGAUCGAGUCCUUUUCUCCCGUUUGACAUUGACCACCAACUUGACCUAACAGUCACCGUCGCCGUCGUUUUCUUCUCCAUCAGUAUUCAGAUUUCCAAUAUCGUCUUCAUCAUCAUGGCUGGAAAACGCAAACGAGAGGAAUCUCUCUCAAACAGUCCACGCCGUCGAUCUGCUCGAAUUUCUGACAUGCGAUCCUCAGCUUCCGGUACUACUGCCCCUCUAAGCAGUGUUAGGAGUCUCCGUUCUCGAGAGAUGUCUGCCUUAACAGGUGUGUCAGAACUCUCAACAGAGGAGGAAUCACCUGUGAGACGUUACUAUAUACAUGAUAUAAGUGAGGGGCACAUGACAACACCAGAAUCAUGGACUGUCCUUUCUGAUCUAGCUCGAAGACGCGUCAACAGAUAUGAAACCAAAUCAAGAGGGUCUUUGGAGAGCAAACUGACAGCCUGCCUACUUGCGUGUAUUGAUCAUCUUCCCGACGGCGGAAGAGAGUCACUUGCUAGGAAUAUAAGAAAGGCGGAUACGGAUGAUGAUCUCCAUGCUGUCUUCUCCAGUCUCUGCACCGGUCUCCUCUGCCCUAUGAAAGCCAACAGUGCACGUGGAACCAUAACUCCUUCGCCACAUUCCCAGGGAGAAGAGAAUGCUGAGAUGAUGCUUGCGAGAUUACUAGAUCCCAAUCGUCGCAGCUCUGAGUUUCGGGAUACUCUCUUACGUCGCGACGAUUAUCGCUGUGUCGUCUCUAAUCAGAUGGACCAAAAGCGUUAUGAUGAGAUUGGAUCACCAGAUGACAUAAACAAUGCUGAGGUUGAAGGUGCUCACAUAAUACCGUUCAAUUACGGAAAGUGGAAAGAUACGCCAGCAGCUGCUCAGGAGGUUAGCAAGGCAUGGGAAGUCCUGUGGAGAUAUUUCCCAGCUGUCCGUCGCUGUGGCCUGAAUAUAGACAAUAUAAACGACCCGUCCAAUGGGAUGACCCUAUCAGAAAGCAUUCAUAGGCAGUUCGGGCGGUUCAGUUUAGCCUUUAUUGCCACGGAAAUCCCAAAUACCUAUAGAAUCAAGACCUACCACCAUUUCCCCAAAUUUUAUCGACAACAUUUCCUGCCUCCGAAUGAUGUAGUCACAUUCCAGGCAGCAGCCUCGGAUACUGGAGAUAUCAGUAACUGUAUUCCCCCACCGAACCCUAUAUAUCUCGAAUGUCACUACAGGAUUGCAGAAAUUCUAAAUGCUUCUGGAAUGGGCAAGGCGAUAGAUCAGAAGCUGCAAGACCUGGAAGAUCUGAAGAGCAUGAGCCAUGGACAUAUGGCACAGGAUGGUUCAACAGACCUUUCUCGCUAUCUGAAUCUUGCUUUCUGGCAGACCGUUUAAAAGGAUGAUGGGUUUAUCUAGGGCCCGAUGGUAAAGCUGUCUGGUCUUGCUAUCAGUCACUCAGCCCUUCCGCAAUCUGAUUCCGCUGCUUUUGCUUUUUUUCCUCCCCCCCC